AUGAGCCAAUCCCAGCAGCAGCAGCAACAACUCGCACAAGCUCAGUUCCAGGCCUUUGGGAAUAGUUUGUCGAAUUUGCAGCAACAACAUCAACACCACCAACAGCAGCAGCAGCAACAACAACAACAUCAGCAACACACAUCCAUCCAUCAUCAGCAACAUCUCCAGCAACAGCAACAAACGGCUCAACAGCAAUCCCUGACGGCGGCGGCGGCGGCUGUUGCAGCUGCUAAUUCUGGUCACCAUCAUCACCAGCAACAGCAGCAGCAACAAAGGCACACACUGUGGCGGGCAAAGUCCAAAAGAUGUGCGCGCGCACCCACCCUGUGUCGAGAGGAAACCGAACUCACACACAUCUCAACUUCCAAACCCGCUGGUGCUGGUUCUGCCGUGUUGUUUGUGUUCUUCUCGAUGUAUUCACGAGUCAAUACGCAGAACUCAAGGGGGUGGAAGGCCUCCGAAUUCUUCUAUCGUUCGCGCGCCACCUGUGUGUAUGGGAGCCCGUUCGAGGGCAGCAACAGCAGCAGCAGCAGCAGCAGUAGUAGUAGACGAAAGCACUUUUCCCACGACCUGAACAAACCCAGGUUAGAACUCGAGAAACAACAACAGAUGGGCUGGCUCUCGGGACGGGAUGGCCACAUCCAAACGACCGUAUGGGAAAUGCACUCAAAUACAUCCACCUCUCAAGAAGUGCUGCUGCUUUGGAAAACGGGGCACACGCAUCGAGACCCGCUGGAGCAAGUCUUCAUCAAAUAUGUGUAA